UGUGUCGCCCUCGGCCUCUCGACCAAGCCAAAGGCGAACUAAUCAGUUCUGUCACCAGUAAAACAAUGGGACUCAAGUGGGAGUUAGGAAUAGGACUCCCUGUUUGUCUAGCAAUAUAAUAUGGCACCUACUAUUCAAACCAAUCAAACCGAGAGAGAUAAACAUCCGGCUAGGCCAGCGGAGAAGAGGUCCGAAUUAAUAUGUCGUGUUAAAUAUUGCAAUACACUGCCGGACAUUCCAUUUGAUCCGAAAUUUAUAACAUAUCCCUUUGAGCCAUCCAGAUUUAUUCGUUACAAUCCGACAUCGUUAGAGCGGAAUUACAAGUACGAAGUACUGACAGAACAUGAUUUGGGUGUCGAGAUUGAUCUGAUAAACAAGGAUACAUAUGCAGGGGAUCCUAAUGCGCAGUUGGAUCCAGCUGAUGAGAAGCUACUUGAGGAAGAUGUUCUUACACCACAAGACUCUAAGAGAUCCAGACAUCAUGCUAGAAGUGUAUCUUGGCUUAGACGUACUGAAUAUAUUUCUACAGAAACUACCAGAUUUCAACCACAGAGUGUAGAUAAGGUUGAAGCUAAAGUUGGUUAUAGUAUUAAGAAGAACUUUAAGGAGGAAACAUUAUAUAUGGACCGUGAGAGUCAAAUAAAGGCUAUAGAAAAGACAUUUGAAGACAAUAAGAAGCCAAUUGAAAGGCAUUACAGCAAACCAAAUGUAAUACCUGUAGAGAUACUACCAGUAUAUCCAGACUUUAAGUUGUGGAAAUAUCCAUGUGCUCAAGUUAUAUUUGAUUCUGAUCCUGCACCAUCUGGACGCUCUGUACCUGCGCAGAUUGAAGAAAUGUCUCAAGCUAUGAUACGGGGUGUGAUGGAUGAAAGUGGCGAACAGUUUGUGGCAUACUUUUUGCCACUAGAGGAAACGUUAGAUAAGCGCCGACGGGACUUUACCGCUGGUAUUGACUACGCUGAUGAGGAGGAAUAUGAAUACAAAAUGGCGAGGGAAUAUAAUUGGAACGUCAAGAGCAAAGCUUCCAAAGGAUACGAAGAGAAUUAUUUCCUCGUGAUAAGACAAGAUGGGGUCUAUUAUAACGAGCUAGAGACACGCGUGCGGCUGAGUAAACGUCGUCAGAAAGCUGGGCAGCAGCCGAAUAACACGCGCUUGAUAGUGCGUCAUCGACCGCUAAACGCUAUCGAAUUCAGAAUGCAAAGAUACCGAGAGAAGCAAUUGGAACCACCAGGAGAAGAUGACGAAGAUGAAGAGGAAGAAGAGGAGGAACAAGAGAUUCAACAGGAGGUGGAGAAAGCUGAUGGAAAAGGUUCCGAAGGAGAGAACGAGGUGGGUUCCCAGGCAUCAUCGAGACCGUCCUCGCGGGUUUCCAGCAGGAAAUCGCGAUCUCGCUCGAAAUCCGCAUCGAGAUCAAAAUCUCGCUCACGUUCACCGUCCAAGUCUAGAUCGCGUUCUCGAUCGCGCUCCGCGUCGCAUUCGCUGUCUAGAUCACGAUCGAGGUCUGGUAGUCCUCAGUCUAGGAACUCAUCUAGGUCAAGAUCGCGAUCCAAAUCUGCGUCGAGGUCGCGCUCCGUAUCCCCUGCCAAAUCACCGUCACCGCGAUCUCGAUCAAGUUCCAAGUCCAGAUCGAAGUCACGUUCGCAGUCGAGAUCAAGAUCCGUUAGCGGUAGUGGCAGCGAUACCGGCAGCGCAAGCGGCGAAAGCGGUUCCGAGAGCGAGUGAAUCAAGUAGCAUAUGGCAAUAACGCGAUUUUCCCAUUUUCUGAGCAUUGUCAUUCUUGUCUCAUUUAUUUUCCCAUUAUUUCAGCCAAUAUUCGUUCACGCACACGUUACUUCUUCAAAGGAUCAUGUCGAAAAGAGUAUCAGAGUAAUGAAUUUGAAAAUAUUCAAGGUCGAUUCUUGACGAUGGAUAUAUGUAUAUGUAUAUACAAUUGUUAAUAGAGUAUAUGAAUUCUAAGCAUUAGAUAAAGAAUAAAAGGAACGAUA